GUCACAGGCAGUUUCCUCUGAAACCAGCUGUGCUCUCUUUAAUGCCGCUAUUACUGACAAAGCCCUUUAAAACCCUAAAACCUAAACGGAUUCAAUUAAUCCUCUUCGAAACCCUAAUCAUCCCCUCACCAACUCCCUAUAAAUCCAUGCCCUCCCCCCCUUGCUCGCGUUAAUCUCCGAGUUAUAGAGCCCUAACCCUCUGAGGCUCAACUUGUCACGUUCCCGUUUUCGAGAACCUAAUUUUCCCGUCCUUCAAGUUGUUGUUAAUGGCGGAUUUCGUGCUUUAGCCUGCAACUCCUUUUCAGUUGAAGCCUUCUCUCCCUUCCUCUUCCCCUGUUCUCUGUUACUGCGAUCUUUGGGCCCUAAACUCAGAUAAUUGGAUUCAGAAAAUCUUUUCCUUGCAAGUUCUUGGAAAUCCGUUUCAUUUCGCUUUGGCGACAGUUUCUGAAGCUUCAAUAACUAGUUCUUAACUGUGACGCCUGCUUGAUUGGAGAUCUUUUCAGUAUUAAGGAUUAGAUCAAAACUGUUGCUUCCAAUUGAAGGUUUAGAAUUUAGAGGCCAUUUUCCUUCUCUAUCCCUUGUGGACUUAGGUUUUUCUGGUACUUAUUAGCUUCUGCAACUUCAAGCUUGCUUUAAUGGCCGCCGACGUGAGCUCCCUCUUCCAGAUCCUGAACAAUAAGGACGAGCAGGUUAAGACAAACGAUGGGAAGGUCUUGAUAACCAGAGAUCUUCUUGGAUCCAAGGAAUUGGACCUCGAUCUCGAGGUCCCUUCUGGUUGGGAAAAGCGCCUUGAUAUGAAGUCAGGGAAGAUCUAUCUACAAAAGCAAAAGGCCUAUAAAGAGCUCCAAGACCUGAACUUCCCCCCUUGCUCCAACUCUACAAAAUCAUCAGCCACAACUGAGUGCAAUAGUCCUCUACUAAGAGGAGAAGACAGCCUCUUAGACCUCAAGCUCGACCUCCAUUCUACCUCCUCGACAUCGACCUCACCAAACUCCAUCGAUUAUCAGAGCGUCUGCACCCUAGAGAAAGUGAAGUCAGCUCUAGAAAGAGCUGGGAAAGAGUCAGGAAAGAGGCCUAUGGGCCUCAAUGGGACCGACGGGCCAAGCCCUUCGAGUCAGGCCAUGUUCGCGGCCGGGUGUCCUGGUUGCUUGCUCUAUGUGCUGAUAUCAGGGGCGAACCCUAAGUGUCCUAGGUGUGGCACUCAUGUGCCUUGCCCUAACACAAAGAAGCCCAAGCUUGAUCUCAAUACCAGCCUCAUGUAAAGGAAAACUUAGAAACAGUAUCAGGGGAAAACAAGGAGAAAAAAAAGGUGGGGAAAGAUUGGAUUGGAGAAUUGGGUUCUUGUUUAUUAUUCUACUUGUAAAAAUCAUAGUAAAACUCAUAUACAACUUAUAGAUGAACUUUUCUUUUUGGCGGUUCUCUUCCAAUUUUUUUGUAAUUUUUAGUGGUUGACAAUUGAUGACAUUUCUUA